UCUUACAGAUAAGACGUGUACUUUGUACUCUGUACUGUACGUGUGAAAUAUGUUCCUAAAUGAGGAUCGGGAUGAUGUAGCAUUUCUAACAGGAUCUGGCAGCAGUGAGUCUAGAAUACACAGUAAACGAGAUCUUUACGAGAGAGGACAUGUAGCAGUUUGUAGUCAUAAACAGGCGAUUUGUAUUACAGUGUUUGUGUUUACAUCAAUAGUUGCAACCUCCUUUAUUGUUGCAUUCGCCCGACCCUGGAAUGAUUGUGGAUCCAUAUUAGAGACUAUAUCCGUUCCUGAAGCACCCUUCGUUCCCUUGACAGAAACAGGAGAAGUGUUCCCAUGGAACGAUGUUAGGUUACCAAUAUUUAUUCGUCCGAUUAGCUACGACCUUGAGCUGACCCCAAACCUUACAACGUUGGCGGUCAAAGGGAUAAUUAAACUGAUUUUCCAGGUAAACCAUAUUUGCAAGGGAACAAAUUAUCUUAAUUUGGAAAAUUACUGGGUAAGGUUUGAUGAUUAAAGAAAG